AUGAGCAUGUGUGAUGAGCAUGUGCCAGUCAUAAGAAAUUUAGUGUCACUGGACUUGUGGAGGUGCAAGUUUGCUUCCCCUGAAACAAUUGUUACAAUUGCAAAGAGUUGCAAGGAUUUAGAAGAAAUAGACAUUGGAUGGUGUCAUAAUGUGUUGCGGGUACAAUUUGACCACCGUUUCUUGUUUGGGAACUGUAAAAAACUGAAGAAAGUGUUCCUAACUAGUGGGAGAAUUAUUGAUGACACCUAUCUUAACAGCAUAGCUACAUUUUGUUCUGAUAUUGAGCUGUUGGACAUAUUAGGGUCAAACCAGGUCACUAACACUGGAAUACUAAGGUACAGUGUGUUGUAUUCAAGCUGAGACAAACUUGAAACUGAACCCAACCAAGUAAUUUUGUAUCCAGACUUUAACCGAGAAAUGUAUUGGCGAGCAGAAGCGAGCUAACCUAGUUGUCUGAACGGCGCGAUUUUUCUAUACGUCCGUGCGUCGUUCAACUAUGCUUGCGUUUGGAUUCUUUAUCCGAAAUGAUUUCAAAGUUUUUCCACACUGCCUCCUCAUGCAU